ACGACAUGUUCAGGAAAAUUGACUGGUAAAAACAACAGAAAAAAUGGUGACGAUAGACUGAGUGUCAGGUAAAAGCGUUAACAUAAUGGCACCGCGCUCGCGCCACCCUUCAAAGGGUGGUAUGCGCAGAGCGUCGGUGGCCACGACCCAGACCAUAACCAUGGCGCGGACAAAAAUAACUACAUGUCGUAGUCUUUAUUUCUUGCUUCCGACAUGGUGCCUUCUCGAUGCAGGAGGUCUUGGCUCUCAUGCAUUUCGUUUGCGGGUGUCAAGAUCAGGGAAGAAUCGAGUUCGAGGAUCAUCUUCAACGCGACGUCAGUAUACAGAGAAGAAAGAAGGAACCACCUCAUCCCGCGACAUCGCCAUGAAGAUGAACGAUGUGACAUCAGGACUGACUACGCUGUCGCACGACUUCAACCAACACGUUUUGCAUGAGCGUCUACAGGCUUUCGCAGACAACGCCGAUGCGACACUGGAAACGCAUUUAGCUGAUAUGAAGCUAUUGAGGCAGCAGAUGAAUGCUAGGAGAAACAACGCAGAUAUUCUACGAACAACAACCGACAAGCAGAUCGAAAUUCAAGUGGACGAUUUGAAUGACGUACUCUUCACUAUGAUUUACACUGGUAAGUCACCAUAUAUUGUCUCCGAUUUUCUUUGAAAUCUCAUUUGAUCUCCAUUCCAUCUUGACUUUGACAUCCGCAUAUCCCACCACAACAUCAUGCACAACCAGGCCAAAGACGCCUUCGUCGAGUUUCUGAAUGGUGUACAAGCCGGUGCUUUCUCUGGCAACGACGCUAAGGAUGCUGCAGAGCAAGAGGCAAAUGCCCUUCGGAAUGUGCUGAAUCUGGUCGCUUCUGAACCCUCUGCCGGCUCCCUUCGUGGCUCCCUAGAGCAAAUGAUCGCUGAUACGGAUAAUGAUGGCGCUCUCGCGGCUGAGAAAACUGCUGAGCUGGCAGCUCUCACUCAAGAUGCUGUUUCGAAGAUACAGAAGCAGAUCGAUUUGACGACUGAAGAGUUGGAUUUCCUGAUGGAAAAGAAGCAGAAUGCAACUGGGGAAUUUUUUAGAUCGAAGUAUUAUAUCAACCUAAUUUGCUUAAAUGAUUUCUUGUUAGGAACAACUUUCCAUGCACGACUAGUGCUACAAGAAGAACUGCUCUUAUCACCUCAUCUGUAUUGACUUCCAAAAAUAGAUACCACUCAUCAAGAAUCAACCAUCCCAUGGAAGUAGUUCCCCUCACAAUUAGUACGAUUCAACAGCAACAACAUCACUAUGAGGUACGUUUCCUCCUCCCUCGACGAUGUGAUUACUGCGUCUCGCGAAGAGCUCACCCUGGUCGAGGAAUUGGAACAAAAAGUUCGGCCAAUGACGCAGCGCAAUGUGGAGAGGAUACAACGGAUUGGUGAGCACGAGAUUGCCAUGGUCAAACUCAGCCAAGACAUUGAGGCCUUUGAAGGCUGCGUAGCGGCCUCUGGAGGUGGAGCAGAGGCAGAAGAAGCUGUGGAUGACUGUCUAGGGGAAAUCGGUAGAGAGUACACUGCCAGUGGAGAGAACCGAACGGAACUGGCUAUGCAGAGUAUCCAGUUUAUCGGUUGCUACGAAGACAAGGGCGAUCGCGCUAUGCCGCACAUGAUUCCCGGAGCCCGCACUGUCUCGCAGUGCUCGCAGGACUGCGCUGAUUUUGGGUUUUUCUUAUGAGACAACGACAGAAUCUAGCUCUAGCUCGUCAAGUUCCAAAAUGAUUUUUGUAUAAUUCAACUCGAACAAGAAGGUCAAUCAUGUAUAUCUAUGGAAAUUCACUAGUUGAGUCCAAGUGCCAGACCCAAUGUACCUCCUCUUCAUGCUCUGCCAUCCAAUACGGCGCUCAGUGUUUCUGCGGAAACGAAGGAGAGUACGAAAAAUACGGUUCUCAUCCCGAUGCCGAAUGCAAAAGUCCUUCCAACUCGCCACCCUGUGUCGACCCUAGUACUGACAGAAUGUGCGGUGGCCCAUGGCGCAAUGCUGUUUUUCGACAACCGAGUGCGUCCAGCUUUUUGUCGGUUUCUAUGUCGAAGAAGAGUGCUCCAUCAAGAACGAAUGCUCCUUCUCCUGCGGUUGUGAACAAAGGGAUCCCAACAUCGCUAGAGGAUCAUAGUCUCCUUGCCAAGCUGAACCUUAAAAGCAAUCUAGUUGCACCGGAUCGUGUCGUGCCUAGUCCGAGCACCUCCACUUCUUCUAUUGCGGAAAAGGACAACAGAGUAGCACGCGCAAAUCGCAAGAACCUCCUUUCCAGUGCACGCAGCAAGCUGCGUGAUGCGAUGUCUGAAAUGAGUGGGAAGAAAAAACAGGAAACAAGCGAUGAAAGCAGUACAAGAGCCACCGCGUUACCAGUACGUCGGCAGCGAGACUCUGAAGUUGUCAGAUCCUCUACUUCGACAAGAAGCACUGCGCCAAGCAUCUCUUCGUCUUCCACCUCGCGCCUAUCUUCAUCCACUUCAGCAUCCCAGUCACCUCCACGGAUAACGACUCUGUCCGACCACAAAAACGACGCUUCUUCCGAGAAGAUUCAACUGGCAGCUGAUGUGCUGAUUCAAGUAUCUAGGGCUUUCGGAAAUCAAUUCCCUGCGCUAGCGGCCUUUGGACAGCGCAUGCUGACUCAAGACGCGGAAACUGACGUGAGAGCAUUGAAUUUGCUUGAAAAACAGCUGCAGACAAGAGAGGGCAGAGCGUCAUUGGGGUUUCAACUUAUGAAACAUUCGCCUAUUUACUUUGCUUUUUCCCGUUGUAACUAACGUACAACAACCCUUUGGUUGCUUUUCCUGAUUCCUCUUCUUUCCUCUCUCCCCCUCCAUUCCUAAAAAGAACAAACACCUCUCCCAUCUUCAUCCCCCGCACCGCAGCCUCUCGCGGCAUGUGCAGUCCGGAGCAGUUGAAUAAUGCGCGAGAACGCGUCACAGCAGCUCUGGACAAGAAAUUGGCAACUGAAAAGGACCUCGUGGAAGCGCAAGGUCGUGCUGCUGUGCUGGAGGCGGUGGCUCACGUUCAUAGCCAAUCCAUUGCCUUGGAACAACAAUUGUUGCUUAUGAUUGAAGUGAGAAGUCAUAGUCUAUCAUUCAUCAGAAUCAGCUUGAUGCUCAAACGUUGAACGUCAAAUUCGUUUAAUACUAAGUAAAGGUAAAAAAAACACUUCGAAGAUUUAGCGCUAGUGUCUACCGAGGACCCAUCAUGAAAAUACUAGAUCAUACUCUAACUCUCGAAUGGGUGAUGAGACCUGGACUGCCAUAGAUGAGGAGUGCCGCAAGGUGAUUGCAGACUUGGAUGGUGGCGGGCAAUCAGACGCCGUAACACAGCUGAAGGGAAUGGGAACUACUUUUGUUUAUGUCCUCAUGGUUUCUCUCCACGCAAGGUUUCUCUCCACUUCCUUCAAAUGAAUCCAUGAAUAAUGAGUCACUUUUUCUGAAGUUCUCUGUCUUCCUUGUCUGACUAACAACUGUGAAUUUGUAGCCCUCCGAAGGCUCACAAGUGAGAAGAUAUUCUGACUAACAACUGUGGAGAUCAUGUAGCGGUCCGAACCCUCACAAGUCGUGAGAAGGUAUUUUUCCAUCACCUUUGCAUCCUCCCUUCUUUCAUUCCCUCGCGGGCAGCGACCUUCCGAAAGGGCUUCAAGCUGAGGUGACCACAGCUCUGGAAGCAUUUGAAGAUGAGGUGGGUCAAUUCCGCGAUGACCUUGAGGAAGAAUGUGUCAACCACACAGCGUCUUUUCUAAAAGCGGUCAGGAAGCACAUGACUGGACUAGAGAGUGAAGAAGGCGCAGGUGCAGCGGGUGUUGGUUUAUGGACCAAGGGCUGCUUUAUUUUCAUCUGGGUAUUAUUGAGUAAAGUGGAAGAAAUUGUGAUUCUUCCACUUUAAGUCUACUUCAAAAAUUGAGUUACAACUCUCAAUAACCGUGUCUGUAGUAACCAUUUCUCUAUUCUUCUCCCUAAUGGCUAAUGAUUGAAAGCAUGCUGCUCAUCUCCACCUGUAGUUUUUUCUAAUCGAUUCCACCGCGUCCUCCGUCGAUGCUGAAGUGAUCGCAAAACAGGCUGCAUUGGCGACAGCCAAGAGUGAGUUGGACGCGGCACGUGAGGCUUUCGACGACAUCGCUGCGACUUGCCCUGGAACACCGUCAGAGGGCGCGCAGGAAGUGAGCCUGAGGGCUGUACAGUUUGCGAAGCAGGUACUGGAGGGGUCUAGAAGGGGAGCAGAGCAGGUGUAGAACAGGAAUUGUACUUGUAGCUGCAGUUGCAUAUGAUACAGGGGUGAGUCUAAGUAGACGUGUAGUAGCGUGUUUACUUCUUUUUUCUCUUUGUCUGUUGCCCGCGAAAUGCACUCUCUCCGGCGCCCUCCAGACUGUCUGGAGCCAUGGCCCCUGAAAUCAAGCCAGAAAUCUUCUAAUUCUAUAAUUCUAACAGAAUGUUGAACUGUGAAUGUACAGUCCUUAUCUUAUGGCACACAGGGGGUUUCGUUGUUCUGAUGGCCACGUAUUAAAAGGCAUUUCAAGAAAGAAACUUAGUGGUCCUUCGUUUGACAUUGUUUUUUCCCUAUAUGCAUGUACAACUUCCUUGCACUUCUUGCCCAUCUACGCUCUGACGUAACAAGACUGACAGGAGCAGGAAAGAUAGUCGCGGCGGGGCGCGUACGAGCCGUCGUCCAAAAACACAAACAUGAUGUUCCUCUCAACAUUGAGACGACCACAAGCGCAUGAGAUCAUACUUGAAGACUUCGC